CUCAGCUGUCGUUAUCAGAUGGGACUGAAAAGUAGAGCAACGUUCAUGCACUUGUAGUGAUUAUGUCAUCCAGUCCAGCCUCCCGGUCAACCUUUCACCCACUUUCCCUGCUGUCUCUCAGUGACAGCCGGCUUGUGUUGACGGAGCGUGGGGGGAAGAGGAUCCAUCGUCCAGACAUUAGUCUGCAGAUUUGGGGGCCCCUUCUUAUCAACGUAGUUGCUUGAAAAGAAGCAUUCAGAGAUGUGGAUGAGUACAUUUGCACGUCUCGCUCUGCCUGCGCUGCAGAGGAGCGCCUCUGCCAUGGCCUGUCAGGCUCUGAGGGCUUGUCGUCGACCCGGGAGGUCUGCAGGUCCACUACCCUCAUGUCUGACUUCAAUGCGGCUCCGUGGGCAGCACACACUGGGGUCGGCCCCGCUCCCUCUGGCCGGCCACUCAGUGAGGCACGUCCGGGCUCUGGACGAGGAGAGGAUGAUGGAGGUGGAGUGGGAGGACGGCGGCCACAGUCUGUACCCGUUCACUUGGCUGAGGGACAACUGCCAGUGUCCACUGUGUACCCUGGAGUCGGCUCAGGCCCGGAAACUGCUGAUGUCUGAUCUAGAUGUCCACACAGGGGUCGACGUUGUCGAGGUCACCAAUGACAACAAGGUGUCCAUUGUGUGGCCCGACCAGCACACCAGUGUGUUCGACGCCGAGUGGCUGAAAAAACGCUGCUUCUCAUCUGCUGCCAGACAAGCAAUUCAAGAAGAGCUUUUCCUCAAUGAGCGUUAUUACUGGGACUCCAAACUGCUCAUUCCCACGGCCGACUACCAGGAAGUCCUGCAUGACGAUAAGGCGGCGCUGGCCUGGCUCCUGGCCCUGCGUCGGGUUGGCAUCGUCUACCUGAAGGGGGCUCCAGCAGAGCAAGGCCAAGUGGCCCGACUCGCUGAGAGGAUUGGCUAUCUCAGGCUGACAUUCUACGGGCACACAUGGCAGGUCCAGGACAAAUACAUGGCAAACAACGUGGCCUACACUUCAGGAAAGCUCAGCCUGCACACAGACUACCCUGCAUUGCACUUUGCACCUGGAGUGCAGUUUCUGCACUGCAUCAACCAGGCCGAGGAGGGAGGGGAGAGCGAGGUGGUGGACGGCUACCACAUGGCCGAGCAGCUGCAGAGAGAAGACCCAGAGGCCUUCAGGACGCUCACCUCGCUCCAGGUGGACUUCACCGACACGGGGAUGGACUACUGCGACUUCAUGCUGCAGUCCAAGAAAUGCAUCAUUGACGUUAAUGCAGAUGGUCGAGUUCUGAGGAUAAACUACAACAACGCCACCAGAGAUUCGGUGCUGGACCUCCCGGUACACCAGGUUCAGCCCUUCUACCGAGCACUGAAGACCUAUGUGAAUAUCAUGAACCGACCAGAGAACGUGGUCACCUACACAAUGAAUCCAGGUGACAUCGUGACCUUCGAUAACUGGCGUCUGCUGCAUGGGCGGAGGCGCUACAUUAGCAGGCCUGACAGGUUGCGACACCUCGAGGGCGCCUACCUGGACUGGGAUGAAGUCAUGUCCCGCCUCCGGAUACUCCGCCUCUCGGUCCAUGGGAACGUUUGAGCUCUUCACCCAAAUUUUAAAAGGUAGAAUCAGAGUUAAGCUGGGAGGCUGUAAACUGUAAGCUAAGCUUAAUGUUGUGUCUUAAAACACUGCAGAGAUAUUGAAGUAUCUGACAAAGAGCUGAAUCUCUGACUCUGACGAAACAAUUGAAAGAUUGCACAAAGAUUUUAAAGUAAGGAUGCUUUCCAAAAUCUGCGAAAAUCAAACGAUGACCAGUAAUGUCUCAAAUAGUAAAAGUGCAACACUUCAAUGCAAAUAUUAUUUAAAACACCUUGAUUUCAAAUUUAAGGGGUGCUUUUUAAUCAAAGUGUCAAAAGAAGUUUUAUAAAUUUAAAAUAAUAAGAUGUUUUAUACAUCUUUGAGUCUGCCACAUUAUGAUUUUAAUAUUAUGUAAUUUAUACUUCUUAAGUUAUCAUUCCCAAAUCUCGACCUGGAUGCCUCAAAAUCACCUGUUCAUUGUCUAACAGCUAAAAUCACUGACAUCGUGUUUGAUGAUGAUAAUUGAAGACAUUUUAACUCAUUGUUUACUUUUGUGUAAAGAAAACUGUUGAGUUUCUGACUGUAAAUAGGGAGACGUGAGUGUAGGAGUGAUUUCAGGCAGAGCCCCCGUGUAAAAGCUUUUCCUCGGCUGUGGUAUCCUGCUACCUCUCCUGUUCAAAGUGCCUUCUGUCAACACAAAGGAUGUCCUUGACUUCUCCUUCAUGCUGUAGAGUUGCAGUCUGAAUUAAAAUCUGCAUUACGCUGUGGUGCAGUAGCUGUACUAGAACUGUAAAUGUAAAUUUAAAGGGUCAGUUGAGCCAAAUUACAAAAACGUGUCUACUUAACCCUCUCCUGCAGAAACUAGAAAGUUCUGGAUUUAUCUGCUGAAGUUUUAAGAUAAAGUUGCUGUCAAGUGACAACUGUGCAUGAACAUAUUUUAGCAUUUUUAGACAAACUGAAGGAGCACACUGCAUCAGCUGCAUCAGACACUAAACGAUACGUUAAAACUAGAUAAUUUGAUCGUAAAGUUGUGCUGAUGUUCACACUAACGAUGUCAAAAUGUGGAAACGUGGAGCAGCUUUAGAAACUUUUAAUUUUGCUUCUUUGCAUUGAAAUUAAAUUUUUUAAAAGCGAUGAACAUAAACAGAUGUUUUUUAGACAAACUGAAGGAGCUCCUUGCUGCAGCUAAACAUAAAUUACAUUUUAGGUUAAACACUAAGUGUUAAGUUGAAACUAGCUCGUUUGAUCGUAAAUUUGUGUUAAUAUUUACAGACUGCAUUAAUAUGCACAGAAUAGUCCAGUCUUUGCCCUUAUUCCAAAAAAGACAAUACUCCUGCUAAGCUGUUUUCAUGGCUAAUGAAGAUAAAUUCCCAAUUCCUGCGUACAUGGAGCCAUGCAUACUCCAAUUAACGUGCCCUAACGUGUCGUUCACCACUUCAAAAUAUGGAAACGUGGAACAGCUUUUGCAACUUAUCAUUUUGCUUCUUUGCAUUGAAAUUAGAUUUUUUUCAAAGAAAUAAACAUAAGCAGAUUUUUUUUUUAGACAAAUUUAAGGAGCCUGUUGCUCCAGCUAAAUGUAAGUUCAAGCUUAUGUUAGAUACUCAGCGAUAAGUUAAAGCUAGUUAGUUUGAUUGUAAAGAGACUUAAGGUUGAUUUUACUCUGAUAUUAAAUCUGCACACAUCGGACCUCAAACAGCAACAUUCUCUAAAAUUUCUCUGAUAUUUCCUCUUACCAGAAUAUUACGAGAAAACAAAGGAGAAGUCGACUCUCCCACUUGAUUUUAAGUCACCUGUUAGCUAAAGACUCUGGCACAGACUGGAGGCGUGACAUUAAAAAAUGAAAGAACUUAUGUUAAAUUGAUGUAGGCCUACUGUUAAAUAAACUCAAAGUAAAUGUUAUUUCAAGGAAAUAUAAAGCUACACAUGCAGUGAGGUUUAAAUAUUCCUCAUACAAGCAGUAUAUAUGAGAAGCUGGAACUGUGAAAUGUUUAUUUUCUGAUUAAUGGGCUGAUUGUUUCAGCUACAUUUGUAUAUUUUCAUAUUUUUGGCUUGUGUGUAAAAAUCUUGAUUUGUAAAGUAGUUAUCUAAUAAUAGAAGUGAAGUAAAAAGUACAGUAUUUACCUCUGAAGUGUAGUGGAGUGAAAGAAGAAAGUGGCAUGAUAUUAUAAUACUCAAAUACAAAUCUGAGGUUACUUUUAAGUUACUUGAGUACAGUACUUGGGUAAAUGUGCUAAGUUAAAUUCUGCCACUGCUCAGCAGAGCGACACUAAGCAGCUGAAAUUACAGUAAUUUGGAUCAAUGCAUCAAGUUUAAUAGAAACCCUUUAGCCCUGAAAUGUAAUGAUCCAGUAAGUAUAAUUACCCUAAAACGUAAUUUAAAUUCAAAUCAAUUAUAUUUGUGCUUUUUGUAAAUUUCCCUCAUUUGUAAAACUUAUAUUUCCUUGUGUUUUUUCCAACAAUUUGUUGAAUGUGAAAGCAAGAUGUUUUUCUCUUAACUUGGUAGAGUACCUCCGGCCACACUCAAUUUUCUCUUACCUAAGAGGAAAGCAAAAAUAAGCAAACAUUGGUGAAUCCCAAAAAUCAAUGGUACUGACAAAAUAGGAACAAAUCCUGGCUACGAGCAAAAAUAAGAGAAAAUUUGCUUGUAGAUUGUUUCUUGCAAGAGGCCCAUUGAAUAUGUUUACAUGCACAAAAUAAUGCAGUUUUUAAUAUUAUUCCAUAAAGGACUAAGCUGUUAACAUAACUUAUGAAAAUAAAUGUCCCACUAAUAUUCCUGUUACGUGAAGCCAUGCAUACUUCCAUUACAGGAAGUUCAUCAUGCCAAAAUGUAGAAAAGUGA